GCUGACUGCAGACCCCAGCAAGGUCCAAAGGAGUCAUAUGCUCAACCUUGUCUUCCCAGAACACAAACAGAGACAGGAGAGGAGUCAAGAUCCAGUCACAACACAAACCAGCUGGAACUCAUCUCACUCAGUGGAUGUUCUUCAAGAAGUGACUGUUUCUGCCUUUGCUUGUCACAUGCACUCACUGUAGUUUGAAGGGACAGCAGACUGAGUGUGAGCAUCCAGUAUCUGAGUGGCUGGUCAAUCCUGGACCAUGAGGCUUAGUGUGGCGUUGUUUUUUGCGGGGCUCUUCGGGGCGUUGGCAGCUGUGUUCAUCCUCCUCUCGUUUGGAACUGAUUACUGGCUGCUGGCCUCAGAAACUUGCCACCCGAACCCUGAUGGAUCUGUUGGCCCGGGUGGUGUGACCAUAGAGCGUGGAGAUGUGUUGCUGCAGGAGAGCACUGGUGACAUCACUCUAUACCAUGAGGGUUUUUUCUGGAGGUGUUCGUUCGGAGGCAGUGUGGGAGAUGACAACCUGAUCUGGAAGCUCUGGUUCACUAAUCAGCCUCACUCAAAAGUGUGCAUGCACGCCUACCUCUUCCCAUUCCCCGUGUCUCAUCAGACCCACAAUGCAACAGAGUAUGAUUCAGCUAUAAUCUACAGGGGCUUCUGGAGCAUCUUUAUGCUCAUUGGUGUGGCAGCUGUAGUGCUCGGUGGGUUCUUCAUCAUCUGUGCUGCACCGUUUGCCAGCCAUCGCUUGUAUAAAGCAGGUGGCGGCCUGUUCCUGGCAUCUGGUUUUUUCCUGCUGUGUGUGGUGGUUAUGUACGUACUGUGGGUGCAGGUGUUGGAUGUGGUGGAUCUCUACAUAGACAACCAGCGCUCUACAGUGUGUCCAGACUUCCAGCUGUCCCUCAACUAUGGUCUGUCCUUCAUGUUUGCCCCUAUUGGCAUCUUCUUCUGCCUCCUGGCUGGCCUUCUUUUCCUUCUCAUUGGCCGAACUGUCCAAAUUCACUGCCACUGACUUCAACCAGCAGCCGGUUAGAGGAAGUGUUGAGGCUUGAGGUGGUUGGACUCAAUGGUGUAGUCUAGGUGAUGCACAGGUACACACAUUACACCCACUGAGAAAGAUCCAGGAUUUCCAUAUACCCACUGUGUUUAUCUUCUUCGCAUGGGCUAAAUAAAGGUCUGUCUACUGUAAAUUGAUACAUAAAAGUGUAUGCGAUGGCAGGAAAUGAAGUCUUUGAUGUUCAAAUUGUUCUUGUGGGAGGACAGCCAGCCCCUCCCCCCCACUAUGAUAUGCCCCCCCAGUAUCAGUAUACAAUACAUUAGACUACACUACUGGUUGGACUGGUUCUUCUUUUAUGCCACCAGACCUUGAACAUUUUCCUUGUUUUGUCUGACAUAUGCAGUAAAUACUGUGUGGAAGCUCUGUGGUAUAAAUGAUCUGUCUUUCUUUGUUCCAGGAUAAAAAACAUUGCUGCAAUUGUUGAAUUUUGAAGCGGCGUCAUCCAGCCUGAGCUAUUUUCAAUUCAGCUAAGUUACAUACAAGUCUAUUCACAACAAGCCUGAUCACUGGCAGUAUGAAUGCCUUCAGUGCAUAACACUUUUUUUUUAAUCUUGUAUGUUGAUGGUUGUCAAGGUUAUGCGUGUGUGUCAGAUGACCAGCAAUCAAUGUUGAUUAAUGUUAAUUCAGACAUUUGUGUUUGCUAUUUGUAAAACAUAGUAAGUAAUUCAAAUAUAUAUUUUGCUUUGUAUAGUGUUUUAAAAAUAUCUUUAAAAUAAAGUGCAUAGUGAAAAGCUAUAAGGUGGGAUGAUAGUUUUUAUAGUCUCUAUAGAGUCAAUUUUUUUUGGAAAAGACCCAAAACCAAUAUUUCCAAACUGUGUGGCACUCAUCUCCAAGCCCAUUCAUUUACACUAAAGAUAUGACAUUU